AUGGAGACACUUGAUGAUGGUCCUUUCCGAAAGCGGACAGACUCGAUGCAACUGCUACUACCUGCGAAAUUGUCCUCACAAUCUUCAACCCGUACAACGCAACCUCGAGUGAACAGUCUUGCUCCGGUAAUCGGAAAUGCACCAACCUGGAGACCCAUUCCGGAUAGUCAACGCGACAACCUCCUACUCCGCCUACCAGCCGAGAUCCGAAACUGGAUAUACAAGCUGGUUCUCGGUGGCAGAACCUACAAAUUCAAAGAUGCAUUCUCCACCCAUUACGCAAGAUUGGACACGACCGAACAGCACCUAUUCGGCCUGCUCUUCGUCUGUCGCCAGAUAUACUUCGAAGCCGCCCUGCUCCCAUAUGCGAUUAACACCUUCCGCUUCCGUGACUUCGACAUAAGCCUCUCUCCAUUUCUGAAAGAGAGGUCUCCAGCUCAGUUCCGCUCGAUACAGUCACUGGAGUUGGUCACUUAUCAAGCCGGCCAGUAA